UCGCCUCUCAUGUCACCAGCGCUUCAGCAGGACGCAGCCAGCCUCUUCCUUGUGACGUUACCGAGGCUCAGGGCUCCGAUCAUAAUAUUUAACACACACACCCUGGAUGAACACUUUGAAGGAAGACAAGGCGCUGUAAAGGAGGGGGUGGGCAUAUGACAAGCAGGAUCCCUGCACCUGCUAGCCAGUCUCUGAUUUGACUUCAACGAGACAUCAGAGCGGGACAGCAUCCAAGCAUCUCAGCGGAUCACCUAUCUUUAUGGAAUUUCACUUUUUUUGUAAUCAUCCUAAAUACAAGGAAGGCUGUGUUUCUGUGGACUAUGUCAAUCCCUCCUGUUACUUUCCCCCCAGUUAUGACACAUUUGACAUAUCACUCCGUGCUGGCAACGAUAGAAGGAAGCAGAUUUAAGGAAGAACAUCGGUGUUUUUAACUGGAACCCACUCCUUCCUCCUCCUUCCUGGUUCAUUUUCUUAACGAUUUAUUUAGGGUUCUGUCCUCCUCACACUGUAUCCUGCUCAACAAGGCAAUGAAUGAGACGCACUUCUUGAGCUGCUGCCAGUGAAGAGUCCACAGCCCACAAUGGGUCAGUCCACCUGUCUGACUGGGAAUGAAGAAUUUGGACUAUUGUAAAAAAUAAAGACUGAGCACAUCAUGGAGUUGAUAAAAUACGCUGACAUGCAUUGUGAGUGCAAUGACUACAGUACAUCUGGAAGCCAACAUUGCUGCUUUGUCAUCGCAUAACAGUGUUGGACGUCAAUGUCUGUGUCUGUAAGGUGCGCUGCUCUUAAAGCUUUCUCUGCGUAAGGAAAAUACAUUUUAAGAUGAUUUUGUUUCGUAAAUUCCGAGUGUUGAUACUCAUGGUGUUUCUGGUCGCGUGCACAAUGCACAUCAUGAUAGACUUGUUACCGAAACUAGAGAAGCGGGCGGCAGGAGCGGACAGCGGGGACAGCGGCUGUCAGUGCGCUCAGCACCCGGGCGGGGAGGCACAGGGCUGGGGGAAGCAGCGCGCCAGCUCGGCGGCGGAAGCGGGCUGGCCUAACAAACACACGCUGAGAAUCCUGCAAGAUUUCAGCAACGAGCCGAGCUCCAACCUCACGUCGCAUUCCCUGGAAAAGAUCACAGCAGCCGCCGGUGACAGAGCCGAGUCCUUCCGGCGGAUCAGACCGUCAGGCGGGAAGGCGGAGGACCACAAGACGCUCAUCGAAGACGCCAGCUGGGGUCGAACCGUCCCUGCCCACGGUGUCUCCCGACUGACCGCUCUCUUUGAACAUCCUUUAUACAAGGUUGACCUUCCAUCCUUCACGAACGAUGAUACUUUGUUCAACCUCAACACUGACAUCAGGUUUUACCCCAAAGCAACAGGGAACCAAGGAUGGCACAAUGAGGAGGGGAACGAGGAGGAGGAGGAGUUCUCUCCGACAGGAGAGGUAAUGGCAGAAUCUUACCCCAACUGGUUACGUUUCCACAUCGGCAUCAACCGCUACGAGAUGUACUCCAGACACAGUGUUGUGCUGGACGCCCUGCUGAAGGACCUCGCCUCACAGAGGAUCACCAGCGUCGCCAUGAAAUCGGGAGGCACCCAGCUGAAGUUGAUCAUGACUUUCCAGAAUUAUGGACAAGCGCUGUUCAAGCCCAUGAAGCAGACCCGGGAUCAGGAAACCCCUCCAGACUUCUUCUACUUCUCCGACUUUGAGAGGCACAAUGCUGAGGUAGCAGCUUUUCAUCUGGACAGGAUCCUUGACUUCCGGAGAGUUCCCCCGGUGGCAGGGCGGCUUGUUAACAUGACGAGGGAGAUCAGAGAUGUGACGCGGGAUAAGAAGCUGUGGAGGACCUUCUUCAUCUCUCCAGCCAACAACGUGUGUUUCUACGGCGAGUGCUCGUACUACUGCUCCACUGAGCACGCGCUGUGCGGGAAGCCGGACCAGAUCGAGGGCUCGCUGGCGGCCUUCCUGCCCGACCUGAACCUCGCCAAGCGCAAGACCUGGAGGAACCCCUGGAGACGCUCCUACCACAAACGCAAGAAAGCAGAGUGGGAGGUGGACCCAGAUUACUGUGACGAGGUUAAGCAGACUCCUCCGUACGACCGAGGCACUCGCCUGCUGGACGUCAUGGAUAUGACCAUCUUUGAUUUCCUAAUGGGUAACAUGGAUCGUCAUCAUUACGAAACUUUUGAGAAGUUUGGAAAUGACACCUUCAUCAUUCACCUAGACAACGGAAGAGGGUUUGGAAAACACUCCCAUGAUGAGCUGUCCAUCCUGGUGCCUCUCAGUCAGUGCUGCAGGGUGAAGAAAUCCACCUACGUGCGCCUCCAGCUGCUGGCCAAGGAGGAGUUCAGGCUGAGCGUCCUGAUGGAGGAGUCCCUGCUGCGGGACCGCCUGUCCCCCGUUCUGCUGCAGCGCCACCUGCAGGCGCUGGACCGCCGGCUGCGCCUGGUGCUGCAGGUCCUGGAGGGCUGCGUGGAGAAGGAGGGCUACGCCAACGUGGUGGAGGAGGAGGUCGGGGGGGACACGGCCACCCACAGGACCCCCGGACACAGGUAGUGAGGGCAGCAGAGGGGGACACACCACCCGGGACACAUGGACCACGUCUCUGGCUGUUCGGCCAAUGGGAGCGACCCACUUCUGAUAUCAAGCUGAAUUCAGUGAAUUCCAAGACUUGCCAUCAUUGCCUCUCUGAAAACUGCUUUUACGUGUUUAUAUAGAAGAAGAAGGAGCCGCCAUGAAAGACUGUGCUCACACAGACGAUUUGUACUUGUUAGAUACAGAUGUAUUUUUGUCCUAUAAGACGUAAAAAACCAAUGCUGUGUUCUGUUUGUUUUGAUUAUGGAGGGUAUCAGUUAGUUUCAUGUGUUUUAUUAUAUUAGUACAUAACCAAAUGAGUGGAAUGGAGGAGCGUCUGGGGGACCGUUAGCUUUAUCAGUUAUCAUGAUGUAUGAAAGGUUGAGAAAGUUGGAAAAGGUUUUUUUCUUUUUGUCAGAAACAAUCUACAACCAGAGAACAAUUCCACACAGUUCCCUUUAUCCAUCUACAUGUUUUGUCUUGGCAUAGACGGAAAGUGUUAUCACAAACAUCUGACAGUGUAAAUCCGAGUUCAAGUAUAUCCAACACUAACAGUAAGUUCACUUUGCCUUAUUCUGAUUUUGUAUCUCUUUUUUUUACUUUCCCAUCUCCCCUGCAAGUCUAACUUGCUCAACAUGCAGUAUGACAGCACAACACUAAAAUAGUAUUUAAUGCUAAGUAAUUCAUGCUAAAUGGUUAUUUCAUUGAAAUGCACUACCUGGAAUAUUUACAGUUAUCUGUUAUAAUAUCAUUUUACAAUGCAAAUGUUACAGUUUGUAUGUUUUUCUAUGAGAUUACAUGUCCGAAAGACUAUUUAUUGGUGUGUCACAAAGAAUGAAAGGGGUUUAAUAAAUAGGUUAUGUUGGGAAAUAUUUACCUUAGGUACCUUAGCAUUGGAUGCUAUUUGAAAUGACAUUCCUUUAAGUACUACUAUGUUCACAUGAUAGGAAAACAACAAAGCUAUUUGAAGUUGGACAUGAAGCGGUGUUUCCUCCUGAGAGUCCUGUUCUGGCCCGGUACCUGUGCAAUGACAGAAAUACAGUACUUGAAUGUUUUUGGGUUGGCAGUAUGGACGGGGUUCACAGAGCUGGACUCAUGCUGAGGAGUGCAUUGUGGGAGAUGGAUCCCACUACAGGGAGAACCUCGGGCACUGCUCUUUGAAUUUCAUAUUCUCAGUGUAAAUAGCUAUAAAUACUUUGAAGACCAAGCUGCACCGCACAGUGAUUUGCUUCUGUGUUCUGCUGUUAUAUUGUUACUGUGAAGAUCUGUUUACUAAAUGAAUAAAGUGUGCAAUAAAAA